AUGAAGUUGUACGUUUUCUGCGCGGCUUUGGUAGCCGCUGUAGUCGUCAUAGAAUGCUCGCACACUUUCCUGGGCACCAACGUUCAGAGGCAGAAGGUCUUCCACCGCAACAUCAAGUACGGCUCGUACGUUUUCAGGAAGAGGGUGGAGUACUUGAACUUCACCAUGCCUACUAAAUAUGGCUACGGGAGAUCUAUUCAGGGUAUCCUCGCUUACGACAAGGUCAAAUCGACCGCAUCAGCCAACGUGACAGCGGGAGGUCUUGGCUUCAAUUACGUGACACUGCGUAUGAAGAGCGAGCGUGGACGUGACAUCAGCUAUGACGUCUAUAUUUACGCCUAG